UGGGCGAUCAAUCGGCCGGGUGUGUGGUGUGUGGCGCGCUGCGUUAGCUGCCUCGGACGCCGACCAGCCGCCAUGAAGGAGCGCAGGAUCGACAUGGGGGAGGACAGCCCGGCUGUGCUCGACCUGAGCAAGGUCACGGGCGCGCAGCAUGAGCGGCUCAAGGCUCUGGGCGAGUUCUUCGAGAAGCGGUACGGCCAGCCCCCCGAGUUCUACGUCAGGGCGCCGGGCAGAGUCAACCUGAUCGGUGAACACAUCGACUACUGCGGCUACUCCGUGUUCCCGAUGGCGGUGCAGCAGGACAUCCUGAUGGCGGUCAGAACGACCAACAAGCCGAGCCUCAGCCUGGCCAACAUCGAGCGCAGCUACGACGACUUCAGCUGCUCCACGGAGGAGCUCAGGGUGGAGAAGCGGUCGGACAGCGUGCCCUGGUCCAGUUACGUGCUGUGCGGCGUGCUUGGGGUGAAGGAGCACGGCCGGCUGAGCAGCGUCGCUGGUCUGCAGAUGGCCGUCAGCGGCACUAUCCCACCCUCCAGCGGCCUCUCCAGCUCCUCCGCGCUGGUCUGCGCCGCCGCACUGGCCACCGCGCACGCCAACAAGGUAACGAUGACCAAGUCGGAGAUAGCGAGCAUGUGUGCCCGGGCGGAGCGGCACAUCGGGACCGAGGGCGGCGGCAUGGACCAGGCCAUCUGCUUCCUCGCCAAGAAGGGCACGGCCAAGCUGAUCGAGUUCAGUCCGCUGCGCGCGCAGGACGUGCGCCUGCCGCCCGGCGCCGUGUUCGUCAUCGCCAACAGCCUGGCCGAGAAGAACAAGGCGGCCUCCUCCGACUUCAACUGCCGCGUCAUGGAAUGCCGUCUGGCCACGCAGCUGCUGGCCAAGAGCCGCGGUCUGGAGUGGUCCAAGUACCGCCGCCUGGGCGACCUGCAGAAGGAGCUGCGCCUGCAGUUUGACGAGAUGGCCCGGCUGGUGCGGUCCGUGCUGCACGAGGAGCCCUACAGCAAGAAGGAGAUAUGCGUGGAGCUGGGAAUCACUGAGUCGCAGCUGGACGAGAUCACUCUCAGCCCCAACACGCGCCACAUCGCCGAGUUCAGGCCUUACCAGAGGGCGCUGCACGUGUUCCAAGAGGCCGGCCGGGUGUUCGCCUUCCGCGCCGUCUGCGAGGCGGGCGGCGAGGACGCCCUCAGUCAGAUGGGCCAGCUGAUGAACGACAGUCACGCCUCGUGCCGCGACCUGUACCAGUGCAGCCACGAGCUGCUCGACACCAUCUGCCGGCUCUCCGAGGGGCUGGCCUACGGGGCGCGUCUCACCGGAGCCGGGUGGGGCGGAUGCGCCGUGGCCCUGGUGCCGGGAGAGCGUGCGGAUGAGUACAUCAACAAGCUGAAGGCCGAGUUCUACGCGCGGCGCCCGAACGCCGAGAGCUUGAACCUGGACACAAUCGUGUUCCGGACCGAGCCUGGCGAUGGUGCUGUCAUCUUCAUAUAGGUGGCGGGUGAUUAGCGUUACCGUCACGGUCCAAUAUCCUUGCAAGCCCUCAACAAGCACCAUGGUUGUGCAAGGCAACGCGGUAUUUGUUUCAGAAUUACUCUAAUAGACGAUAUUCUCCGAGCAUCUAAAAGGAAAGAAAAUACUGUGAAUCGAAACUGCGAUUAUGCGCCGUCGAUUUACAUAGUUCAACGUCUCGUUUCGCUCAUGAUUGUCAAUUAUUUUUUAUAACUAUAAGCAAAGAAGUGUAGAUGUAGUCUUCCAAGCCACAGCCGUAGUCCCGAGAAACAUUCUGUGGUAAGGUGACAAGUGCCUUGCAUUGUCAUAUGACGUACAGCGACAUCUACGUGGAUGAGUUUGGUGUAAGCCACGUAUCACUAGCAGUGUAGGAUAAGAUCAUCGCACAGUACGAUACGUGUGGGGAAUGCGCCUUUUCCUGUGCACCUGCCGCACACUGCAGAAUCGAUGACGUCACAGCCUGUUUUAUGUGCAUUGCAGCGACUGUAAUGGCAAACCGUGAGAUGGUCGUCAGGGCCAUUUCGGAAAUGCCAUGUAAAUUUCACCAUCACUCGAUUACCAAUGAACUGUCUGCCUCUGAACUUCGACAUACGUGAUUUGACUGGAUUUGGCGCAGCGCAGUUGUUGCUGGCACGGCAUUUGUCUUGUCUUGCUACACACACCUCUUGUCUUGUUACAUACACCGCGCUCCACUGGGCAGCCGUUUUCAUUCCGUGCGGCUUAUUGGGGAACGCGGCCGCGUGCGGUGCCGCGGACGUCUUGGGCUUAUUGGGGAACACGGCCGCGUGCGGUGCCGCGGACGCCUUGGGCUUGGGCCUGGGCAGACUGCCGGUGCUCCGCAUGCUCAUUUCCGCCCUUCCGCGGUGGCACGCCGGCCGAGCGGCGGCAUCCGGUAGCGUGCUGUAUUACCAACGAUCGCAACCCAAUCAGUGUCGUUACAAAGUGAGGCUGUGUGCGUCUGUGCCGCAUCAAGCGCCGAGCAAAUGACCGCUCCCGCAUGCCCACGUAGUACAAAACAAUAACUUUCCGCUGUAAUCAUGAUCGUCAGGCUACUUGCUAGCGCCUAAUCGUCUUCUGUUAUCGCUGACCAUCAUGAACCCGCUUACCGGGUGAUGGUCCGCCUCUGCGGAUGACGUCAGCACAACAUUGGGAUGUCUGUUUUUGUAUGCGGCUUCUGUGCGUUGCUCUAUUUGCAUUUCUCUGUCUAAAUUCAACGGAAUCUGUCCUCCGGAAUCCGCCGGCUCUUUGGAACUCUGCGCAACGAACUGGGGUCUACCUGUAUAUGAAAAAAAUACACCGAAAAGUGGAAACUGUAUGGAAGGAA